AUGGCUGAGGCACUGCACGAGAGCAACUUCUUCAACGGGUUCAUCAAAAUGAACAUCCCGGACAACUACCUGGAUGCAUCACGCUUCAGAAUAAUCCCAGACAAUCAAGAAGUAUACGUACACAAGUUCGAGGACAAAUGUCUGAUCAUAGAAGUGCUGUGCUUUCAAAAUUUAAAUAUACAGGAAAAGGGCAAAUUCUAUUUCUACGAUUUGGCCAAAGAAAAUAAUAGUGAAGAAAGUGUUAUCUUGAUUAGUAACCAUUCCGUGUCCCAUUCGCAAGGAACUUACAUUCUCCUAGUUGGCCGACAGAAGAUUAAAAGAAAUAACUCUGCUGACUAUGAACCUGUGUUAUUAUACAUUUGUAUUUUUCCCAUUGAGGAACACAAUGCAGAUGUACUUAUAACUUGGAAUGUGCCAAAGGAGGACAUGGAUGUUCAUCCCGAGUUGGAGACUUUUAACGAAAUGGCGCAGUCCUUCAGAAUAGUAGAUUACAGUUUAUUCGUUUGA